AAAAAUACGGGCAGAGCAUUAAAAAAAACAAAAAGAAAAAAUAAAAAGAAAAAAAAAGAAAACGGAGGACCUAAAACAUCGCGAGGGAGGAAUAGAGGAGAGAGGUGAAACCCUAGGAUUGAUUGCGGCGGCGGCGGUGGUGGGUGAUGAUGGGAGCGACACGGUGAGCGUGGGAUGAGGAGAUGGAGAGAUCCGGCGAUCUGGAGGGGAAGGAGAUCUGGGGGACGCGGGAGGAACUCCUUCUGGCGUUCGCGGUCGUUCGGCACGGCACUCGCCGUUGGGACUCCGUCGCGACUGAGAUCCAGUCCCGCGUUCCCGGAUCCAGCCCGGUCACCGCCCAGGGAUGCUGCCAGAGGUUUCGCGACCUUCAGCGCCGGUUUGGCGCAGGCGCCGUCAACGGCGGUGGGGACGACGACGGAGGUGGCGCCGACGUGCCUUGGCUCGAGGAGCUCCGGAGGCUCCAUCUCACCGAGCUCCGCCGCGAGGUGGAUCGAUACGAUGUUUCGAUCAGAUCUUUGCAAUCAAAGGUGAAAAGGCUGCAAGAGGAGCGCGAACAGAGGUUGCCGGAGUCGGAAUCCGGCGACGGGAAGCCAGAAUAUGAAGGAAAGGAGGACGCCCCCCCAGAUUCGAGGCCGGAAAGCCUCGUCGGAGAGCCGACCUCCUCCGGCGGUGAAUCCGGCCCCUCUUUCGAGCGGUCCGACUCGACGGAUCCAAAGGAGAAACCCGACGAGGACGGUCUGAAGCCAGAAACGGCGAUGGACGGAGACGGAGAAGACGGCAACGCAGCGGAUCCUUCAUCCGGUGGCGACGAGAAGUUGGCCGAGGGGUCGUACAACGGGAGCACCGGCAGUCCGGAGGAGGGCCGGGCGUCCCGGCUGCAGGCAACGGGAGAGUUCACUGCCGAGUCUAAAGGCGGGGAGGGGGAGAAGGAAAGCAGCGAUAUGCAGAGCUCCGCCAGCUUGUCCCGGCGGAGGAAGGCCGUUUCCGGCAGUGGGGCCGAGGAGAUGGAGGCCGAGGAAGCGUCGAUCAUGAGCAAAGGAAUCGCCACGGAAUCACAGCCGUUGUUUGCGGCGCUCGAGAUCAUCCGUUCGGACAAGUAUGGAUCCGUCUUCGACCGCCGGCUGGAGAGCCAGGAAAGCGCAAGCUAUAUAAACUUGGUGCGCCAACACAUGGACUUGGAAACGGUGCGAGCCAAGCUGGACCGCGUCGGAUCCAGCCGCCCCUAUUCGACGUUGGAGUUCUUUCGCGAUCUCCUCCUCCUCUGUUCUAACGCCGCCGUUUUCUACCCUAAAGACUCCCCGGAGUCCGUCGCCGCCCUCCACCUCCGCCGCCAAGUGGCGAAGGAGUUGGCGGCUGUCUUUCCAAUGCCAAAGGAACUAACCCCGCCACCGCCGCCACCUCUACCACUGCCGCCGAAGCCACCCGCCCCGAAGCCCGAGUCGGAGUCUGAUCUCGCUGGUGCCCUUGCGGAUAAGCCAAUAACCUCUGCGCCGUUGAUCGUAUGCCGCAAGCGCAGCUCCAUUUCCAACAAGUUAACUGCUGCGGCAGUGAAGGAUGAGAAAGAGGAUAAGCCUGAGCCUGCGAGAAAGGAGUCGGACAGUGAGGAGAAGAGCCUCCCGAAGAAGACUACCAAGGAAAGAUCCGUUCUUAGUGGGACUGCCAGGGGCUUGCGCACCAGCAAACCGCGGGUUGGUAAAGGGCAGGGAGCCGCGGCCGCCAAGAGGCUCAACCUCGCUCCCGUUCCAAACCUUAAGUCCAAAAUGGUCGAGAACGAGGCGGCUGUCGACGAGCCGCCUAAACCAGACAAGAAGAACAGCGGUGGAGGCGGAACUGCAGCUUCUUCAAGCUCCGCGGCGAAGAAACAAAGCGCAGCCGGCUUCUUGAACCGGAUGAAGCGGAGCUCCAAAGGAACUUUGAUGGAUAUGUUGAAGACCUCCCCUCCCUCCGGUUCCGCCGGUGGCGGAAAGGCCACGGAACAGAAGAAGGAGGCGAAAGGAAAGGACCAGAGCAGUUCCCGUGUUGCGAAUGCCGGGGGAGGCGGUUCUGCAAAGAAGGCCCCAGAAGCGAGCGGCGGUGUGUCGGGAAAAAGGAGCGUGGGUAGACCGCCGAAGAGGGGGUCGGCGGUUGCCCUUCCUUCUGCAAAGAGGGUAAGGGAGGAGGCGGAGUCGCCCUCCGUUUCCAGGACUCCGGCGUCAACGUCGAGGAAGCGGGGACGGAGAUGAGGUGGGUAUGCUAUCAACAUGGACUUGUAGGGAAAGACACUCUGAUUUAGUUAGUCAACGUUGAUUUGAUUCAUGUUGUAAACUGUAAUCUUAAUUAACCGUUGGGAAAUAUUAAACUCUUUACCCGCUGCUCGUCUCUUUUAA